AUCAAGCGAGGCUCAAGUGGUGGUUACGCACGUGCAUUACGAGCGGAGCAAACGGAGCAAACCAGUAUACCACUAUAUCACGCCACGUUACGAGACGAGCGCAUCGGGGUCGAGGCGGUCGACCACAGUCGAGCAGACGGUAUUGGGCCUCGCCGAGGGGUGUUAGGGGCUGAAACAUGGCGAGUCUCGAUGACUAGACGUGUACGGUGGUGUGGUGUAUGGUCGUGCGAGAUCCUGUCGUGGUCGUGACUGUCGCGAGUCACUGUCUCCACCCGGCUGACCCGGCGAUGGACUGUGGUCGGUCCACCGAGUGUCGCGUGGUAUCGUCUAUUCGCCGUCGUGGAGUUCGUUAAGAUACCGACGUUCUGUCGAGAACCUUCGAUCGCGUUUAACCUUCGAGAAGCAGCCGAAGUUUGAAAAUUAACGAAACUUUCAGACGUGCUCUGGGAGAAACUUUGCGGAGGAGAGGGGAAUAUGAGAGAACAUUAAUUACGGAAAAUGUCCCGUUAAUUUCUUCCAAGGAAAUGAAGAUUGUUCGAUUGUCUCUAUAGUUGUUAUAUUUAUAUGAGUAUUGUCUCUGAUUUGCGCCGAAGAGACAAACUUAAGGUAUUGGGCAACUGAUCAUGACUCAGCAUGUAUAGCUUUGAGGGAGAGUACAGGCGUAAGCCGCAACAGAAUCUAUCAGGUGCCAGCAGGCGGGACGAGAGAGCUGAUCUUCUGCAUCAUGUGCAGUUAGAGAGGCUAAAAAGAGAACAGCAGCGCAAGAAGCAUGAUGCAGCGUUGAAGAUACAGGCGCGCAUACGCAGCUUUGUCACCAGGAGGCUGGUGUACGCGCAAAAGAGGAAAGAGUUUGACGAAGCGCAACAGGCAGCUGGACGCAGGAAUCUGAGCCUGGAGGAACUAGUGCCGUACCUACGAAAACUAUUAUUUUUUUAUGACCAUGGCUUGGAUGCUAACAGACUGAUAUGGGUCCUUCAGCAUUUCUUGAAGCACCAGAGAGAGAUCAAAUUGAAGUCGAUAAGUUCGUCGCAAUGGCUGUGGAGACUGCGGUGGAUCCUUCGUAUGUGUAUGCGAUACAACACGGAAAUGCUACCGGAUGGAGCAUAUUCCUUGGCGAUACCGUUGCGAGUCUUGGAGGUAUUCACAACGCGGGAGGACACGGAGAAGGUGCUACGUGAGCACAGUUACCGGCAUCUAGAGAAUAUAUUUGUCUACCUGAUUCAACACAACUAUUUCGAGCAGCUGAGGAAGCUGCUGGACGAGAAAGUGCCGCCGAUGGCGGAAGUAACGUCGGUUGCGCCUACACCGAUCUCCAAGUGUUUACUGGACAUGAUCAAGCGCCCCGUGGACUUGAUUUCUUACGUAAAUCACAAGGAGAGCUUCUCCACGCUUGUGCUGCAGGAAUUGUGCGGAAGCAUAUUCUCGCCCAGACUGUCCGAUCCGAUUCGCAUGUUUGUUGUGCCAGCAUUGGCAGAAUUCAAAGACUUUCCAUAUAUCAAAUUAAUUGCCUGUAUCAAUCGACUCCAAUUGGAACCUACGAUAAACUUGCUCUAUUGUGUACUGUCAUUAGAUUCAUCUAAUCAGUUGUCAUGGUGUAAAUCUGAGGAUGCAUUGACGAACUAUCUGCAAGUGCUCGCAUCCUUAAGCUCGACCAUUGUGCCGUUGAUGGCGGAGCAAAGCGUUUCGGAGCGACAGCAGGCUGACAACGAUUCAGACAACGAAUCGAAUGGAAGCGUAACCGAUCAGGAGCAGGCCGACAUCCUGCGACAGUGCGUUGAGAUGUUAAACGAGCAACAGCGCGUAAACGGCAUAUUGUCCGCAAUUGAACAGAGCCAAUCAGACUCCCCCACGCUGUUACAACCACUGUGCCGGUUAUGUCAUCAUCUACUCAUUACCAAUAAGCUGGCCGUUCAAAAAUACAAACUGCUCUAUAUGCUCGCGUUCAAGCCAGUGUUUCUUAAACACCUGUGGACCAGUUUAGCGUCAAUUCGUCAGACAUCGUUGUUCGGUGGUGGUGCUGCGACAUCUCUUUUGCAGAUUAUAUCGCGCGGAAUCGCUCUCUCAAGCGAGGACACCGACAGGAUAGUUCCGUUACUGGCGGUGUUCUGCUCGUUAUUCAGCCUGCUGAUCGCGACGUUACACGACACCGAGUUCUUUCUCGAUCAGACCUCCGCGGAACAUAUGUCCAACAACCGGCAACAGCACGCAAUGCCGUUUACCAUCACGGAACUUGCAGUACUAUCUGGUCACUUGAAGGGUGUCUGCCUUGGUUUGGUGGAGCUCGCAUUUCCUGACACUCGGCCCACAGUGCGCGACGACUAUAAAAAUGCCGUACUGGGCCCUACGUCCGCUGUUCAAGGCCGACACGAUACGCAGAUCUGGACGCACUUGUUCAAGGUUACGGUGGGUCUUCUACGACAAUUACACACGCGCGAUCUCAGACGGCAAUUCUGUCCGGAAGAUCAUUGGAUUGCGUCCAACGUCGUCAUACCCAUCGAUAAACCGCAGGAUUUCGCGUUCCGCAGACGCCGGCUACGUGGAUACGUUCCCUUUCAGAAUCUGAGGGCCUUCACGAGGGAGGAGUUUGAGGAGGGGCCACCACUGUCGGCGACGGAAGUGCGGACGUUGACGUUGCUGCGCGAAAUACCGUUCGUUGUGCCGUUCAACAAUCGCGUAGUAGUGUUCCAGUCGUUGCUCUACAAGGACAAAGCGGAACAGCAGGGCGAACUCGCACACUUUAUGCAGGGUCCGUCGAUACAAAUCUCUGUGAGACGAAACUACCUCUACGAGGACGCUUUCGAAAAGUUGUCUCCGGAAAACGAACCGGAACUGCGAUUGAAAAUGCGAGUACAGCUGGUCAAUACCGCGGGUUUGGAGGAAGCCGGUGUCGACGGCGGCGGUCUAUUCAGGGAAUUUUUAUCCGAGCUGCUGAAGACCAGCUUCGACCCUAACCGCGGCUUCUUCAAACUCACCAAGGACAACAUGCUGUACCCGAAUCCCACGGUGCAAUUGCUAGUUGACGAUUUCCCGAAACAUUAUUACUUCAUUGGCAGGAUCUUGGGGAAAGCGUUGUACGAGAAUCUGCUAGUGGAGUUGCCGUUCGCCGAAUUCUUCUUAUCAAAGAUCGUUGGACGCCAGUCAGAUGUGGACGUGCACCACCUGGCUUCCCUCGAUCCCAUCAUGUAUCGCAAUCUGCUGUAUCUGAAGAGUUAUAAGGGCGACGUGGCGGAUCUCGGGUUGGACUUCACCGUGCUCAGCGACGAGCUUGGCGAGAGACGGGUCGAUGAAUUGAAACCGAGCGGCGCCAAUAUUCCUGUAACAAAUCACAAUCGCAUUGAAUAUAUUCAUCUGAUGGCCGAUUAUAAACUGAACAAGCAGAUACGCGCGCAAUGUUUCGCGUUCAAACAAGGAAUCGGCAGUGUUGUGCCACUUGACUGGCUGCAAAUGUUCAACAACAAAGAGCUGCAAGUCCUCAUAUCGGGCGCGCAGAUCCCUGUAGACGUGACAGACUUGAUGCUACACACAAACUACACCGGCGGAUACGCGCCCGAUCAUCCGACUAUCACUGCCUUCUGGAAGGUCGUCAACGAGUUCAACGAUCAGCAGAAAGGUCAAUUACUGAAAUUCGUCACCAGCUGCAGCCGCCCUCCUCUCCUAGGAUUCAAGGAACUCGAUCCACCAUUCUGUAUCCAGCAUGCCGGUACUGUGGAUCGUUUGCCGACCUCGAGUACCUGUAUGAACUUACUGAAACUUCCCGAGUUUCCGGAUGAGAAAACUCUGCGCGAGAAGCUCCUAUACGCGAUACAGGCCGGCGCGGGCUUUGAGCUUAGUUAGAGACUUUUAAUUUCACUUUUACUGACCCAAACAUGUAAAUAUAAUGUAAAACUUGGCGAGUAUAUUGCAUAAGGCGUAAUGAGGAAAAAAUACCAUGGAGACUUUGUUUGUGCUGUAAAGUGUAAGGUAAGUGUACCAAUGCCUGGACACGUAUCUAUGUCUGGACACUUUUUAUUAUUUUAGUCCUCAAAUAAGUUAUAACGCGAAUUAAAAUCAAAGAAUCGAAUAUAAAAAUAUUUUUAUUAUAUCGGGCAUAACGUUACCACCCGUUCUUUCACGAAAGACGUUCAUCUCGGCUGUCAGGGCGUUAAUAAGAGUGGCUUCGGUGGUCGUUUGCAUCUGAACAAAGUUUUCGGAAAGUCGAGGCGUCAUUUUCUCCGACAUUGCGCGUAACAUCUUUGCGCUUUCGGAGCUCAUUGUCUCCGUCAGACAAUCAAAUUUCUUCGUCCAAGAACUCGACGAAGGCGAAACGGUCAAUUUCUGUCGCAACUUGUUGUAAUUUACAUUUACGAGAUGCAGCAAUUUCCUUAUCAGCCAAAUGCAGAUAGCGGUCACCCACGUGAUAAAUUUCUUUGCGAUGGACUGAGCUGUCUUCCAUGAAGAGAUGGAAUCUGGUCUAGUUUUUACGUCGCUAUUACGUCGUAAACCAUAAGCUUAUUGCACUUUAAUCUCCACUAUAUGCCCGCCUAACUCUUGUCGUCGGGUGAGACGUCGGCGAGAGUGUCGGUCGGGGGCAAUGAAUGUUGCUGUCGAAUUUGUUUAUAUAUUUGGUCGGCGCGUUCGAGCAAUUUCCUUAUCAGCCAAAUGCAGAUAGCGGUCACCCACGUGAUUAAAUUUCUUUGCGAUGGACUGAGCUGUCUUCCAUGAAGAGAUGGAAUCUGGUCUCCACUAUAUGCCCUCCUAACUCUUGUCGUCGGGUGAGACGUCGGCGAGAGUGUCGGUCGGGGGCAAUGAAUGUUGCUGUUGAAUAUGUUUAUAUAUUUGGUCGGCGCGUUCGAGCGCUCGCGAGAAAACGUGGCUGAAUGUGUUGCUGUUUGGUAGGGGCGCGCGCGCGGCCGCUACAGUGGUAAUGAUUUGUGUCAAAUAAAGAGAAAAGGAUCGUAUAUUGGCAACACGCAACUCGAAGAAUACUUUUUUACUAUGUACAAACAGUCUCUUACAAGGUAUUAGCUAAUCUCUCCUCUUUUUGCUCCUUUUCAAGCUUCUAUUUGUUUUACCUAAGUGUCUUAUUCACAAAAUUUUGGCAGACCGUAAUGUGAGACCAAUCGAUAGAUUCGCUUUCAAAUUGUAAUAUGUUCCUAAAAUACUUCAGAGAUUUCGAGAAGAGCGCGAGGAGCCCUGCUUCUCUUCUGUGAAAAAGGUGGAAUAACUAACAGCGAUGAAAUAAAGAGGCACGAUAGACAAGUCUAGAUGCGCUGAUCAACUGCUUCUGACAAGAAUCAAUCUUUCUUAAUUUUGAUUUUGGAUGUAUAUUUUAACUAUUAUAUUUGUAAAGAAAAUUAUUUAAAAUGAUAAAGGUCAUAAAGGUGUCCAAACAUAGGUCUUAAGUAUCCCGGCAUUGGUACAUUUACCUUAUUUUCCAUGAAUUAGUGUUAGAACUGUACAAGGAUUUUCACGGGGAAAACGCGGCGAAGAUAUUAAUAUUAACAGGAGGGGCCAACUACAUAUACCUAAACAAUAGUACCUAUCAGUGGAGAUUAUUAUCGAUGUUACUUCGACGCGCCGUUUGUAAAGAAAAAAGGAAGACAUGAGACGUUUGUGUAUGUACAUACAACGUAUGUUAAAGCGCAUACGGAUAUUUUUUCGCUUUCGAUUUUUCCUCUACUCUGCACCACCUUUGGCCUACAAUUGUAUAAAUUAUGUAUAUUUUUAUUGUUUUAUAUUCGCCAUGUGAUGUGAUUUUGUCACAACGACUGUUACUUUACUUCAAAUGUACGUGAGAGAAUAGAUGUAUGUAUUUAUGAAGUAUUGCUAAGUUAUGUAAAUAAAAUACCUUAAAGCGUUAAAAAAAAUGUGUAGAUAUUAUUUAAAAAAAAGUCAA